CGCAGCCGGCUCAGCUCGCUGGUCUGCGUACUGCGGCCGGGCCGCGGCGGAGUCCUUGGGGGUCUCAUCGGGCGGUUUGCUGAGAACCUUUGCGGCCGACAUGGACAACUCUGGGAAGGAGGCGGAGGCGAUGGCACUGCUGGCCGAGGCGGAGCGCAAAGUGAAGAACUCCCAGUCCUUCUUCUCUGGCCUGUUUGGAGGCUCAUCCAAAAUAGAGGAAGCAUGCGAAAUCUACGCCAGAGCAGCGAACAUGUUCAAAAUGGCCAAAAACUGGAGUGCUGCUGGGAACGCUUUCUGCCAGGCCGCCCAGCUACACCUGCAGCUCCAGAGCAAGCACGACGCAGCCACCUGCUUCGUGGACGCCGGUAAUGCCUUCAAGAAAGCUGACCCCCAAGAGGCCAUCAACUGUUUGAUGAGAGCCAUUGAGAUCUACACAGACAUGGGCCGAUUCACGAUCGCAGCCAAGCACCACAUCUCCAUCGCAGAGAUCUACGAGACAGAGCUGGUGGACAUUGAGAAGGCCAUCGCACACUACGAGCAGUCUGCGGACUACUACAAAGGCGAGGAGUCCAACAGCUCAGCCAACAAGUGUCUGCUGAAGGUGGCCGGCUACGCCGCCCAGCUGGAGCAGUACCAGAAGGCCAUCGACAUCUACGAGCAGGUGGGGACCACCGCCAUGGACAGCCCCCUGCUCAAGUACAGCGCCAAGGACUACUUCUUCAAGGCAGCGCUCUGCCACUUCUGCAUCGACUCGCUCAACGCCAAGCUGGCUGUCCAGAAGUACGAGGAGCUGUUCCCGGCCUUCUCUGAUUCCCGGGAAUGUAAACUGAUGAAAAAGUUGUUAGAAGCUCACGAGGAGCAGAAUGUGGACAGCUACACAGAGUCGGUGAAGGAGUACGACUCCAUCUCUCGGCUGGACCAGUGGCUCACCACCAUGCUGCUGCGCAUCAAGAAGACCAUCCAGGGCGAGGAGGAGGACCUGCGCUAGGCCGUCCCCACCAUCCCUGCCCGUCCGGCCUGCAGCAGAGACCUGUGGCUCAGACUGCGCGACCUUCCUCCUUCCCCAGCCAGGGAGUCCCACAGGCGGCUCAGCAGCCCCUCGAGGGGCCGGAGGCCGUGUCCAGUCACUUCUGUCCUCGCUACGUCCCUUGCCCCUGCCUAUCUAUUUAAGCCUCUGACUGUGUCCUUCGCCCCAAAACGAGCUGUGGGAGUCUGAUCCAUACGUCUUGUGUGGGUGCUGCUAGGAGUCAGAGGUCAGCAUCAGCAUCUGGCCCCGGCACCUGACCAGCUGAGUCAAGUGGUUCUUUCUGCCCCAACUUUGGCCCCUGGCAGAGCUCUGAGCACAAGCAGCCACUGAUACCUGCUCUCACCGCCGGGGCUGGCUACUCCUGCACCCUGGCCUCCUGUAGCCCCAACCUCUCAGGUUAGACCAGGGCCCUGGUGCCCAGAGGGUCCCCCAGACCCACGCUGCAGUGCUCCUCCCUGUGCUUGAGGUUCGGUCUGGUGGUUGGAAGCUGCAGAUGCCCCAAGAAGGAAAAUAAAAAUUGUCACUUUUGCAUGAGUCU